AUGAGCGUCAACCACGACGAAGUCGACCGAGUACUCCGUCUGAAGCGCCAAGAACGGGAACCCAAAGCCUGUUAUCCCUGCCGAAAGAGAAAAGUCAAGUGCGAUGGCAUUCAGCCUUGUCGGACAUGUUUAAAGCGGAAUCAUCCUCAGAUUUGUACGUUUGAUGCGUCGCGAGCGCCAAGGCGCCGAGAGGGCUCGCAGGCUGCCAAUGCCCAAUCGGCUGCUUCGGUCUCUCCUAGAAGGAUUCAGUCUGAAGUGCCGAAUCCUGGAACACCGACCUCACAAUCGACAGCUCUACGGCCUGAUUAUGCAGCCAAAGAUUAUAGCUAUUCGGGAGAUAAUUCCCUUGUCUCGAUCCUGCGUUCGCGGGCAUCAGGUUCGAAUGAUACGAUGGCUCGGGAGGUCGGAUCGGUUCUAGGAUUGCAGAAUACCUUCAGUAUUUAUCCAUUUAUGGACCAGAAGACGCCACAUGAUAGAUGGAAGUCAUUGCUCAGUGUUUUGCCGCAGAGAAAUGAAGUCUUGAAGUUCUUCCAUUACUAUCGUAUCACGGCUUACCCCUUCAACCCUAUUUUGGCUGAUAUGGAUCGCUUUGAGUCUGAUCUGUGCACGUAUCUCAAUGCUCAUGCCUCCGGGGAGCUACGGGAUCAGGGCAGGAUCACUGAAAGAUGGGCUACGGAUAAGUCUAUUGGCCAUAUUAGUCUUUUGUUGGCUACGUUGGCUGCAGGGGCUCAUUACUCGGAUAUUGACUAUCCGGAGCGGUUGGAACUUGCAACAAAUUUUGCCCGCCGCUCUUUCCAUGCUCUCCGUCUGGCAAACUUCCUUUUCCGGCCCUCUCUCGACAUCAUCCAAGCACUUGUGAUCCUUGGCAACACGAUACAAAAUAUGGGACAAUCUGACGCUGCCUGGGCACUCCUAGGGACGACCAUUCGACUUGCCCAGACAAUGGGGUUACACACUGAGCGAAGUACCAUCCACCUGCCUGAGUAUGUGCAAGCCAAGGUCAGAAAGCUGUGGUCAACCAUUGUAUGGCAAGAUAGCUUAUUGUGCUUGUGUUAUGAUCGCCCUCCAAUCGUAACACUGACUGGUUGGCCUCUUGAGAACAGUCUUUUACAAAAACAAGACCUGUCAUAUCGGGAGGUGAUGCACUUCCUCACUCGACUGGGAUUAGAUAUAAUACGACCCGAAUUCUUCGGUGCAAGUGAAGCUGAUCGGUCAUUCGAGGCCUUAGAACAGAUUGAUAACCUAUAUCAACGUGGGAAGUCACACUUGCAAGUACGGGAAAACUGCGUCACCUUCCAAGAACAUCUCGAACACCUCGCAUUGAAAAUGCAUUCUUCGUUCUGCUUGUCCGUCGUUUGUCGGCCUGCCAUGAAACAGUCUCAGUGCCAGCCUCUCCUCAUGCAGACGGAUAUUCUUCGCGCCCGUGCGAAGGGGAGCUUGAUUGAUGCAUCACGAGCGUUUUUGGACUUUCAGGCUUUGAGCGUUGUCCCUAUGAGAAGCUGGUCAAUGGUGCAUACAGUCUUGAGUUCCACACUUCUUCUCUGUAUAUGGGAGGAAACUCGAAAUGAUCCAGAAUGUCGAGACCUGCAACAAAGGGUGAUUGAUAUAUUUUCUUCGGUGGACUCACAAGCGUCAGAGGAAGGGGGGUCGGGGUCAGAGAAUGAAGGGCAGUGGCUGUCUGCGCGGCACAUUCGGGCACUUGUUACUCUACGAGGUGCUUUAGAUCGACAACAGGAUGUGAGCGUUCCGGAAAACGAGGCAUGGACAGGCGCUGGCCUCAAUCCUGCCCAAUUCCCUGCAAGUUUGCUCAAUGGCUUCUUUGACGUGGGAAACCCGCUGGAUACAUCGCCUGUCUCUUAUUUGGACUCAAUUAUGAAUGGAAAAUACCUUCCUAUGAAUGGCGUCACACCGCAUAUGAUGCCCUUUUCUUUGGUCAGGAACCAGAAUUGA